CGCCCGCGCUAUGUGGGCUGCGUCUGCCGCCUGGGCCUACUUUUGGUAAGUGUGCUGCGUUGGCGGGCUGGGCCUGCUUUUGGUAGGUGUGUUGUGCAGUCGGGCUGGGUCUGUUUGAAUUGAUUUUUCAGAAGUUUAUUCAACCUGAAAAUUGUAUAAAUGUAACGUAUCCAUUUUUUCCCUGAAAAUGUAUCGUAUCCAGCUUUGAAAAAAUAAAAAAUUGGGCCUCUUUGGGGAUUUAGGGUUUUACUAUCUCAGCCUUUUAGGGUUCUCCCACCCCAGCUCAUUGCUGCCUCAUUGUAAAAUUAGUCUUUUGGGUGAUUCAGACGGCAACCAAUUAAGAAGGAAGAAGAACUCACCAGCUCAAGCUAAGGAAGAAGGAAGAAGAACUCACCAGCUCAAGAUAUGCCAAAGGGUCGUAAAAACCAGCGUAAUCGUAAUGCUGAAAUCCAACUGGCUGUUGGUGGGGAUGGUGCUGUUAUAGGAGCGGCUGGUGAGAAUGCAGUUGUUGAUGGAAAUGCAGUUAACCAACAUAGAUCGGUAACUCAGAUUAUAGGAAGUUUGAUAAUGCAUAUUGCGGGUCUUGGAAUUAUUUUGGGUUUAAUGGUAUGCAUGUUUCAAAAAUUUAAGGGAUUUGAUAGGGUAGAUGCAUUUUAUGCAGCAAUUGUCACCAUAACCACUGUUGGUUAUGGUGACAAAACUCCAAGUUCUGAAGAAAAUGGUAUACUGAUAGAUGAGAUGCUUCAAACGUGCUUUCUAAUUGCUCUUAGGUAUUUGGUUUUUCAUACAACUUUGGGAGGAAUGGUAGAUGAUGUAUGUGAUCUAGCUUGUCAUUGGAAUUGGGUAGAAACACACAAGAGUACUAUUGGAAUUGUUUUAUCAGUUGGGUCAUUCUUAAUUUUUAUUGGUGGAGGAGCUUUUGUCAUUAGCAGUCUUGAAGGUAAGAGUUGGAAGAGUAGUUUAUAUCACUCGAUGGCCUCCAUUAGCACAGUGGGUUAUGGUGAUGAAGUUUUCUCUUCAAACAAAGGGAAAAUUUUUGCAAUUAUAUGGCUGCUUUUGGGUGUUCCAAUAUGUGAAAAGAGCGUGGGAUUCUUGCACCAAUUGUUGGUGAAAUGGAGGACUGUAUUGUCAUCUUUCAUUGGAGGUGUAGUUUGCACACUGGUAACUUUUGUUGCCAAUGCCUUUUGCAUAGUUCUACAGCUAGUUGUUAAUCAAUUUUUCACAGUGCUGGACAUGGUGGGGGCCAAACUUUGGGAUUGGUAUGCUAACUCUCCGGAAUGAGCAAAUUGCUCCAGAUGCAGCAAGGGGAGGAGCAUCAAGCAGAUCAUUUUGGUUGAGAAUUGAUGGUAUUGAAGCGACUUUGGAGCGAUUUGGAGCACAGAAUUGAUGGUAUUGAAGCAACUUUAGAGCGAUUGGAUCACCAAAGUUCCUCACACUUGAGUUGAUUUCGUUCACUGGAUAUUUAGCUUAGGGCUUCUUAUCGCUUGUAGUGACUGUAGACUCUAUGGUAGUUUGUCAUUUUGGAUCUUGGGUUUGUAGCUUGAGAGAUAUUGCUACUCUUCUGAUGAAUUUGGUACUCCUUGAUCUUGUGAAUUAGGUUCAUGCUUAUGUUGGUCUAUCUUUGUGGAUGUUUUGAAUGACAACUUCGUUGUU